CGCGCGACUCGGCUGAUGAGCGAGUGGCUCAAGCCGCUGUGGAUUCGCCGUGAGCCACUGACUCCAUCCUCGGAACUUUGCCUACGGACAUUCGCUGUCAUUUGGGGAUUGGCCACCAGCAUCCGGCAGCGGAGCGGAGCAAUCCUGUUCGCUGCCGUCAUCCUGAAGGAUUGCGAACGCCGCCUGAGAUCUGCAUUUUACCCGUCUAACGCAAGACGCGCCAAAAGCUGGCAGAGCCCGCGCUAUUGUACCCAUUUGCUUGGGCCUUGAUGUCCUUUUGGUGUCCUUUGGUGUCCUGAAGUCUGUUGGAGCCAGGAAAAAACGCUAAUGGGCUCAGCCGCAAUGGCAUAGCACUUGUCCUUUGCCCUUUUGGUCGUCGGAAAAGACAACAUGAGAGGCCACAAGUCAUUCUCGGGCUACACACGCUCAUUCAUAAAAAGAAGAAAAGGGAAUAGAGCACAAUUCCGCCCGGGGGCUUGCGCGGCCCCGAUGUCAGAUAUCGUGAAGGUGGAGCCGGCCCUGGUCGCUGGAAUCUCAACAUGCUCAGAGCGUCUGGUUCUUUGCGUCACUUUUCCCACUGACCGAAGCCCUCCUCUCCAUCUGUCAUCGCUGAAGAGUCGGCCGUGCUGCCGGACCGCCAAAGCCCUGCCCCCGUGGCUUGGUUCCAUCUUCCCGGAAAGUGGCAGCCUGUUGGGCUCGCGCCUCGCCUCAGCACAGUCGUCCAGGCUUCAAUUUUGUUCUCCAGCCGGGGGCUCGGUUCUAGUGCGCUGGGCUGUGGGCAUCUAAAAGUGGGCUGUGUGCCUUCUUUGUUCUCUCGAAAUCUGGGGAUGCCAUAUUCUUAGCAGUGCUACAAUCCUUCGUCCUCCUAGACUGCCCCAUCCUGAGUUGCUACUGUCACCGCCUUUUAUUUUCUUAAUCAACCCUUUCACCUGCUGCCGCAAGGCUACAUAUGUAAAUGCCAGGCAUUCAACCUCGGCAGUCAUAUAGAUCCGGCACGGCACUCGUUGAUAUCCCGUGUUCCCACAUCCUGCGGCACAUCCGAUUAAGCUUCUCACGGCAUCAACUAGCCUCCAUCGCACCCAUCAUACACCGAACACCGAACACCCAUCUCCUGGUUAGGGGCCACGACGAUGGCGCACCACCGGGACCAGGCAAAAUUUGACCGGGCCCAGUGGCGGCUUAUGGCCCUCGUCCCUUCAUGGCUGGUGCAGAUCUCGCUCUACACCGUCCUCAUCGCCCUAUCCGCAUACCUCCUGGCAAACGCCAAAGGCGUCUCCGAUGAAAUAAAUGGGGCGGCAGUUGCGUGGGAAUCCAUCAGUAUCGGCUUCGCAGGCGUCUCAAUAUUAUGCACAGCAUUCGAGAUCUUGAGGACAUUUGCCGAGGCCCUGACACCAAAGGAGAUGGUCGUCUCCAGCCUCAUAAAACUUGUGGGGAUCAUUGUGUCCAUGAUAAUGGGAGGGUUGAUGUCAGACACGGACCUCUCCUCAUGGGCAACUACCACGCAGGCCAUCCACGGUGUUCUCAUUAUCCCUGUCCUUGCAAUGGGCUCAUACGCCGCCUGGAUUUGGAAGUGUCUAGCUCAAUACGACGAUUAUGACCACCCGGGUAACGUCAAGCCCUUCGGCUUCAAGAGCGACCGCAAGGAAAAGCUCCUCCACUCCCACAACGAGUCCGCUGACUGGGACGUGGAGCUUCGUGGGUCCUGGGCCUCGAGGGAGGUGGUCCUGGGCAACGCCGUCGACAUCACAUCACCAGCCCCGACAGCACCCUCCGCAGAGUCCGCCGCCUCCGAGACCCGACCGCGGGGGUCCUCGUUUUUCAAGGUCGGCGGGCGCCUCAACUUCAGCUUGACCAAUGAUGUGGACGCAGCGAACGCGCAGGCCAGCCGAAGCCGGGCCAACUCGUCAUCCGCGCUCUUGGGUGGGAGCACCACAGUCUCCGAGUCCCAACCGCAGUCACCCCCGAGCGAGUCAGCCGAGCCGGCUAUCCCCAAGAGGCAGUUAUCGUAUAUCUCCGUGACAGGGACGGGGUUGGACCGCCGUGCCUCGUACAACCAUACUCGCGACACAUCCUUCGAUGAAUACGUCAAGCAGCACCGCGCAAAACAGAGCCAGGGGUCAAUCCGCUACACCAGCGGCAGACGCAGCAGCAGCGCAGCCCUGACCCGCAGCCCGGCGCAGUCAACUGCAGACGGCACCACGGCACAGAAGCAGCAGCAACAGCAACUGGAGUUCAAGAGCGAUGUCGACGACGCCGUGGGCUCGGCAUUCGGCUGGGGCAAGGGGAGUAGAUCGUCGAGUCUGGACAGCGUCAUGGCCGGGGGCGAGCCACCCGCCAUCGCAGUCGGCUGUGGGGCCGUACCAAGCGCCAAGUCGGUCCGGGACAGUCUCGGACGGGCGCCCAGCGACGGUAGCGAGAGGGGCGCCCUGGGUACCAUGCCUGACGACGAAGACGACCACGAGGGUGACAAUGGCCCGGAAGGAGUGGACGAGGACAGGCGGCAGAGGAAAGUGAGCGAGGCGGGCCGGGCUCUGCUCGGGGACGGCGAUGGGGAGUUCCGCGAGGUUCCGGAGUCGCUGAGGCCCGCUUCGGGUGGCAAUACGAGGCCCAGGGCCUUGAGCGAGACGAUUCAAUUUAUUGUGACGCCACCUCCCGCGACACCCACGGAGGAGGGGAACGGCGGGCUCAGGAAGACAUGGGGGGCUGCGUACCAGCCAUGAGUGAACGAGGUGGACUAGUGAUACCCAUUUAACAAGCGUGACAAAUUUCUUAGUCAUGAAUAUCUAUUUUCCAAAGCG